AAUUUUUUUUAAUGUUGUUUUUCUGUGAUAUAAAAUUCAAAAAUUUCUAUUAACUUAUAAAAAUACUGUCAUGGCAAACAAAUUUCGUCCUUUAAUCUAUGCGUGGAUCAUAUUCAUAUUUUCCGAAGUGGUAGCAGCUUCCAUGAUUUUUUGUCUAUACAACUUUGAUAUUGAUGAAGAAGGAUGGAUUCAAAAGAAAUCUCUUUAUAAAACUCAUGUUUUGGGAAUGCCAAUUAGUUUGAUUAUUAUUAAUGGUCAUGGAAUGGUUAUAUUUCGCCUUUUACCAGGAUUAAAGACUCGAGUUGUUAAAUACAUUCACGGUUUUAUUCAUACAAUAGUAAUUUGCCUGUUCUUGUAUCUUUGUCAUGUGAUAUAUAUUUUCAAAGACAAAACUGAGCAUCCUGUGGUACGACUUGGGGAUUUCCAUUCAAAUCAAGCUUAUUUGACUAUGGGAAUUUAUGUUUUACAGUGGUUUUCGGCGUGUUUCGUUUUUGUUUAUAUGUACUCGAAUCAAAGACGACGAAAAAUCUUUGCAGCUUGGCAUAACUUUAUUGGAAUUUGUAUUUUACAACUAACUAUAGCUACUUCAUGUUGUAUGUUGCAAUGGGAAGAACAUCAUUCUUUGGUCCUUGAAACAACUCCUCCGUUACAUGGCGCAGGUGCAUCUGCAUUGAUGGUUCUUUAUGGGCUUUUAAUAAAUGUCAUUGUGUUAAAUCCUUUUUUAGAAUGGCCACUGGUUGGACCAAUUUAAAAGUGUCAACGUUGUUAAUUAAAUAGAAUGAGUUUUAAAUUAUAUUUACUUAUUCAAUAACAAUGAUACUAUUUGUUUUAA